ACGAAACCGGAAAAACCUGUAGGUAUACUUUGCCCAACUGCGUGCAAGAACUGGCUAGAAAAGGGAUUUUGUUUCAAGUUAAAGAGCCGUUGCCGUCGUACGUGCCUUGCAAGAGGCUGUGAUACAGCACCCGUGAGAUUGGACGGAUUUUGCGGUAAUCCGAUGGGAGCAGGAUGGGAUUUCAAGCUGCCAGACACUGCUUUCAAUGCUUCUUCUGUCCUAGAGAAUGGUGAUUGGGAUUUUGGGGCUCGUAAUGCUCGUUUGUAUAAAGAAGACGACCCGGUUUAUCGUAGAGUCGGGGCGUGGUGCGCCAAGGAACAGCAUGAUCAGUGGUUACAAGUCGACUUGGGAAGUGUGAAAAUAAUAACUGCAGUAGCAACACAAGGUCGAGAUCAAUUCUUCGAGCAUGUAAAGUCGUACGAGCUUGGUUUUAGUAAUGAUGGUAAAACGUUCUAUAAAUACAAAGAGAAAGGAAUGGACAAGAUUCUCCGAGGAAACUGCGACCAUUUUACACCAGCCAUUAAUCCYUUACACAGACCUCACGCUGCYCGAUUCAUUCGAUUUUAUCCCAAAACUCACAACAAUAUUUGUAUGAGAGUAGAAAUCUAUGGUUGUAAUCAUCUAGAAGGUAACGCACAACGAAAACAUGGAAAAGUCAUCUAUCCAGAAAGAAGAAAACAUSUCUAAUCAUCGAAAAAMAAAUACAUCKUACGUUUCGCCAAGGAGUAGAAGCACUUCUUACUUUAGAUAAAUACUGGAAACAGCAAGGGGCGCGACCAUCACAGUCAAGUACAUGUACUAGCUUCUACUGGUUAUGGAGUAAAUAAGAGCAGUAUUGAACUGAACCGGAAUAAAAAUCUACMUAGUAUUGACCAUGUAUAAGUUCAAAACCAACUCAGUUAAUGUAUUUAACUAUUUUUUUAAUAUUUUAYGGAGAGGGAUCGAGUAACCAAUCGAAAUUUUCAGGCGCAUGUGCAGGGGGUUUCAGCAGCUUUGUUUUAUGGUUUCAAGACUUUGAAGAAAAGAUGAAUUUGGCUGUAAAAUUGAAUGAGUAUUGUUUGAGAAUGACAUGAACAUACUGUUGGACUAUCCAAAAAGGUGUGACCCUAUUGAUUUGUCGCCUGACAAGGAAAUGAGGUCCUGGAAAGUGUCGAUCCUGCACAGGUACCUGAGUAAAAGUAUGGGAGAGAUGGGAAUGGAUUGGUAUGGAUUUUCUCACUUUUUUAACAACAAAAAUAAUCAACAGAAUUUCAGCAUUCUCUUUGUUUAUUGAAAAACAAGGGRUAGAUUUCUAGAGAAAUUAGAUGCAGCCACACCCUAAGAUGAUGUUGCACCCUGGUCCCUUUUGUGAUGCACCUUCYAACCCUAUAAUCAAUUCUAUGUCCGCUCCAUAUAUUAUUUUUUACUGAUCUGAUUUACUCUAAAAAAAAUUAUAAGCCAUCUUUUCUCAAUGUUAGGUAUAUACUUAAUGAUCAGUGUCGUGGAGAGUGUUUAAAAAAAUUCCUCAUUUUCACAUACAAAUGCAGUGGGAACAUCAAAAUGUCCUUACAUGUAAGACACUUAUUGUAAAAUAAUUAUUUCUACUAAACAAUGGAAUGAGUAGUWAAGAAUACAGCCUUGAUAUGAGUUGGCCAAAGUGUGCACUUCUUAGCAGUUGUAAACAAUGAUACUCUAAGCUUUCUCAAAGUCAGWAGGCGUAACACUCUCAACAGCUUAGAGAUACUGUAGCUCUCUAUGGUCAAUUGAAGUUUUUUUUUAACAAUAUCUUGUCUAGAAGCCCUGCAGCACUCCAACAUCCAGCAUACAUUUAUYGCUCGUAUAGUUCCAUAUUAUUUAAUAUUCCACAAAACACGAGAAGGGCAUUAACUUAUACAACUGUGUAUAUGAUAUGAAUAUCAUUAAGAGGAUUAUAACAGUGCGACUGUUACAUCACUGYACUGGGUACUAAUGAUAUAAUGGACAUAUAAUACAUACUGUAGCUAGUUAUCAAUUUUUUAAAUGUACAAAAUAAUAGGAAAUUUUUAAAUGCUAGCAAUUCUACUAUAUGCAAAGAAUUUAUAUAACAUCUCUAGUUAAUUUUGUAAUAUUUGCUUAAAAAAUAAAUAAGUGAAAUGGAAA